GACAAAUGCACAGAGUUGGUGACAUUGCUUCCUCCACGAGCCUUUGAGGUUAUGUGGUGUUCAUAUUUUGCGAAUUAUUUCACAACAAUGUGUUUAUCCGAGUGUUGAAUGAAUAUGGGCAGUGUUAGCAUUAAAGAAAAAUCUUUUCCUAAGUUAGUGUUAUCUGAAAAAUGGUGUUAUCACUGGACGUUCUUUCCACUGAACUGUUACUCAAAAUUUUCAAAUAUUUAGAUAUCCGUGAUUUGUACAGGCUUAAACAAACAUGUAAGCGAUUUAACGAAAUUAUUGAAACUUGGGGUCACCUACUUAUCUCAAAUGUGGGGCUUCUAGUCACAAAUCAAGUGCAUCCAGUCAUCAGCAAUCGAUCUCUUCGAUUGCUGUCUCAAUUUGAGCGUCUCAGAAUAUCGAAAAAUUGGUGCUCUGGGCUUUAUGACGAGAAACGGUUACUUUAUAACAAGGAUAGAUAUUUUCCGUGUCUCCAGUUGGAGAACGAUUUGUUGUGGUUUAGUAGAGGGGCACACAUAUUUGCAUAUAAACGAACUAGAGCGGGAAUCGAUACUAGAAAUCCCGUUUAUACUAUCACAUCUCGGGACAAUGCGGACAUUUUCCGUUUUGUUAAAAGAAACAAUUUAGUUUUGAGUGGACAAACCGACGGAAGUCUUUUCUUGUGGGAUCUAAACACGCAAAAAUUUGUCACUGAUUUAGAGGUGUCUCAAGGGGCCGAUGUCAAUUCUGUUGACUUGCUAGACGAUAUUCUUGUUUCUGGUUCUCGAGACAACUUUGUCCGAAUUUGGCGAAAUCCAUUCAAUGAAAGCAUUAUCGAGCAAAUUGAUUUGUGUGACCGCGUAUGGUCUGUCGCUCUUUGUGAAGAAGACAAAUCGUUGCUCGCCAUAGGAACAGCAGGGGUACACCCUACACCCCCUCUAACUAUUUUUGAUUUAAAUAAACACAUGACGGUGUUGAAUUUUACGCCCGAAAUUUCGGGGGCCGGUGUUUUGGACAUCAGAUGGGAAAAUCCGUCAGUUAUAUGGUCCGCAGGUUACGACAGUUGUGUAAGAAGGUGGGACUUGAGGACUGGCAAUUGUGAGCAAGUGCUGGAGGAUCCUUAUGGGGCCACAGUCUACUGUUUCCAGUAUGAUUUUUUCAAUACUAUAGUCAGUGGGACUCAUAAUCAUGGGAGGGCGGUUUUGUGGGAUACAAGACGAAGCAAUUGUGUCCAGAUGUAUUUUAUGGAGUCUUGUCGUCGUCGCGGGAGAAGCUCCCCAGUCUAUGGUUUGUCAUUCGACGCGGAAUUUUUGUUCACCGUCACUGAUCAACACCUAAACGUGCUGAACUUUUCAGUUAAUCGGGGCAAAAUCAGGGAUUAUGGUAUUUGGUUCAAGAAAUAAAAGUCUGAAGUAAAUAAAAUAAUAUAUUUCACAUACUCUGUUUAGAUUUCCAUCAAUAAAUAAUUUAAUAAUA